GUAGAUUUAGUAGAUUUACUGUUAAUCAUUGUUCUUGAAAUCAAUUGUGAUUUGUCCAUAAGGUUGUUGCGCGUAACUCGUGCCACUGAGUGCCGCUUCGGAGUAACCGUUUGAAAAUCGAUGGCUUGUUAACCCUCGAAAUGAGCAGUGAGUAAAUGAGUUUUAAAGAGAGAUGUGGGAUUUUUUGUAAUAAAACGAAAGUAGGGCUGUCAGCGAAGGCUAUAGGAGACAAAUCUAAGAAUGUGAAUUAAUGUCCUCUUUCGACUUCAUGACAGUUUAUUAUUUUUGCUUUAGCUCUUGGUAGGUGCAAAAGUGGAUGGGUGAACUAUGACAAAAGUUGUUAUCUCUUUGUGUCGGACUCCCUGCAAGGCUGGACAAACGCAAGAGAUGUGUGUAGAAAAGGUUUAAACACAAGCAUGAAGGGUGAUCUUGUCACUGUUGAUGAUCAGUGAGUAUUGCAAAAAGCUGUUAGAUACAUGAUUCUAAUUGAGACUAUGGCUAAGUCAAGCAUCUAAAUAUAAAGGUGGAAUGGUCUUAAGUAGUUGAAAAAGAACCUGGAAAUUUUUCAGGCUUGACUGGGAACCUAACCCUGAUCCUUGCGAUGGCCGGUCGCAACGCUCUAUCCGUUGAGCUAAUCAAGCCAACUGGAAAUCAGGCCAUUGUGAGUUCCUACUUCAUUCAACUCCCUCUUAACGGAAGCGUCCAUAAGGACACCUCUCACGCACACCUGGUGUUGGACCUUACCGUUUUUCAAUCAUUUUACUGUAACUAUACUCUCUAUAAGGCGGACACCUCUCCAAAAUUUUUAAACCGUUAAUGGACAAUUGGGAAGUGUUUUGUGUAGUGAAAAGUACCCUAAGACGAAAAUUUUAGUGCUCUACAUGACAGUAAAUUGAACAUUCGCAGUCGAUAUUUUGUGGUCACGCUACUGGUGUUUUGCAUUUGCCUAAAUGGAAAGCGACCCUGCAAAGCUUUAACGUAACUUAUUACCUUUUUAUCUAUUUAUUUUUAUUUUUAUUACUUUUAUUUUUUAUAUAGAUAUGAGCAGGCGUUCUUAACUACAAUGCUCCAGGACAAACAAACAAAUUUCUGGAUUGGAUUCAAUGACAUUUUCCACGAGGGGUCAUUUUUCUGGACAGACAACAGCCAAGUUAAGUACACAAACUGGAAUGCCAAGCAGCCGAAAGGGUUUGGCUACUCUCUUGAUUGUGUUGACUUAACACAGGCUGGUGGAAACGCUGGCCGCUGGAACAACGUGGCGUGCAGUCAAAAGAAAGGAUUCAUAUGUGAAACAGGUGCGUGGUAAAUAGAAGCUGUUAAGCUAAUGUUAACACCUGAUCAUUUGCUUCACUCCAAAUAUGAAAAUGCACGUGGCAUUUGUUCAAUCAAGACGCUGAACUGGGCUCUUGGGGUUUCACACAAAUAUCAGUAGACAACCAGUGGACUACCUCAACCUUUGGCUUGAGUAAGGACCUUGCUUCGUUCAAGACAGCGUGUUAAAACAUUGAAAUAUCAAAAUUUACCCUGUAAAAAUAAAUAAAUAACAAAAGUUGAUUUUGUUUUCAAAAACUAUGUGUGGUUACAUGAUUUACAUCAUCGACGUUCUUUGCUCCAACUAAAAUGUAUGCUGCGUUAUAAUGAACUGACCUGUUUUUAUUUUAUUUUUUUGACAGGAGCUCUUCCUCUUGGUCCCACUACUGGUGAGUCUGGGGCUUUUGCAUUCCUUUAACUUCGCCAUCAAUUGCGUAAAUUAUCACCCUGACUGAAAGUUUAUUAAAAGUCUUUCGCUUGUGUGCGUUCAAGAAGCACACUGAUUUUAACUGUCCAAUGUAUGUGAAAACCAACUUAUUGUUUUAAGCAUAAUUCAGACCUCUCGCUUUAGACUUCUCGCUCUCGUAUGACUGUUCAAAGCGAUUCAAGGUCAACGUACGUUACUGAAGUAUUAUUUAUGAUGUUAUUAUUUUUGUGUGUAAUUAAGGUCCACCUAGUAAUGGAACGUGCCCACCACAUUAUGAGCUGCUUGGCGGCGAUUGUUACUUUGUGUCUUACGUCAAGUUAUCCUGGCAGGAAGCUCGUGAAGCUUGUCAGCGCGAGAGUGGCGGAGAUUUAAUGAGUGUCCAUAGUCCCUACGAACAAGGUGAGAAAGAAGACUCAGUCUGUCGUUAUACCAUUGAUAAGAUAAAUUAAGAUUGUUAAUUUUGAAGUGAUUUCCGUUAAUAUUGUCUUGGAGUGAGGAAUAGUUCUCGAGAGACAUUUUGACUCACAAAGCUGGAAGUUAAAUUCUUUUUCUCUUGGGAAGUUCCUCUGAAACUCAAGCAAAUUUAGUUAGGUUAUCAGCUUUAAUAGCGCGUGGUAAUUUCUGUGGGUAUCUGGAAAAUGUAAGGGUGCGUUCCGUUGGGAUAAUCUGGAUCAAACUCAGUGAUCUGUGAGCACUUGGGUCAUGACGCGUCAUAGGAGCUGAUGAAUCCACCAAGCUCACGGAUCCAUUGGUUCCUUUGACGCAUCACGAUCUUAGUGAUCUCAGAUCACUGAUCCUGCUCCGGAAUAUCCCAAUGGAACGUACCCCAAGAGUGUGCAAGGAACUAAAACGUCGGGACUUAAAACCAUGGGACACCUGGGGCUAUUUCGCAAGCUGGUACUGAGGAUAUCCUAGUUCAUUGCAGGUUUCCCCCAGUGGUAUACAACCUAGAAACCCGAGUAUAGUAAAGGAGCAGCGUGAAACAAAAUUCAUGUUCUAAUCUUGAGUUCCCCGCGUCCCCUUGUGAUCCAACUGAGUUGUUGCCUAAGUACUGUAUAUAUUGUUUUCGCUCACCAGGUCAGGUUAAUAACUAAUUGUGUGCGCCCUUAAUUUGUUCCACAGCUUUCGUCGUUCGUAGUCUAAAGAACGAUAAUGGAGGACUGUGGCUUGGCUUCGUUCGUGAAGCUGGCUCUGCAGAAUUCACUUGGAGCGACAAUUCUGUUACAAUGUACACUUACUGGGCAGCCAAUGAGCCUGACGACAUGGGGAGUCAAAGAUCAUGUGUUGUUGCUAACAAUUCCAAUUCAAAAGCUGGGCUUUGGGAUGAGAUUGAUUGUUCCGCUAGGAAUGGAUUUAUCUGCAGAAUACGAAAAGGUGUUCUCUCUGUCUGAUUACAAUGUGUUAAUCCCGUUGAGUAAAUUUGCACAGCAAAACACAAAUGAAAUUAAAAUACUGGAAGUUGUAGUAAAAUGAUGUCAUAGUGCGAUUUUCUCUUAUACUUAUUAGGCCCGCCACAUUUUAACAAUGACGACAGUUAGCUAUAGCUACCAGAACUAAUACCUGUUUGCCUUCUCAUGUAGAUUUGUUUCUGUAAGUUGUAGUCAAAUAACGUCAUCGUGUAAAAUUCGUAUUGGACUUUUUUUUUUCUCUCUCUCUCUCGUUUAGUCCACGUCGUCAAAGUUGUCUUUUCGCUUGUUUGACUUUUCUUUGUAGCGUUUUGUUUUUUGGUAAUUUCAUCUUCUUAUCUCUUUUUUAGGUGAACCGCACAUCUCACCCUCGGGUAAGUCUCAAACUCUGGGUAUAUAAAGUCACUAAAAUUUCUACUGAAAGCAUUUCCUUUUCCCGUGUACUAUUUCUAAUGAAAAAAACAAAAAAAUAAAAAACAAAACAAAAGCAAACAAACAAACGAAAAAAAAAAAAAAACAGUCUAACAAACAAACAAGAACAACUGCUACUACUGGAACGUAAAAACAAAUCCAUGUUUUUUUUUCAGGACACGCUGGUUUAAGCUUGUUUAAAUGCCAUAGAAUUUGUUAAAUGUUACCUACCUUUCAAUUGAAAGAAGGAGAAAAUUGCGACAGAUAAAAAUAAAAAAGUUUGCUUGUGGAUCUUUACUAGGGGAUGGCGAAUGGUACCUCGGAAAACGUGGGUCUCGGAAAAUUUUGGUAGGAUCUCGAAAUCUCGGUUUUGGCAUGGUUUGUUUUUACUUUUUUUGAGUCUGGAAACUUUUUACCAAAGAGUGUCGGGCUCGGAUUCCUAACUAGGAUCUCGGCGUCUAGGCGAGUCUCGGAUUUUACCAUUCGCCACCCCUUUUACUGAGUUGAUGGUUUCUCUCCUUCAAAAAAUUAACAUUGAUGUUUUAAAUAAAAAUGGUUGUGAUAAGCAAUUUACAUUGUCAUUAUCAUUAUCAUUAUCAUUAUCUUCUUCUUCUUCUUCUUCUUCUUCUUCUUCUUCUUCUUCUUCUUCUUCUUCUUCUUCUUCUUCUUCUUCUUCUUCUUUUUUUUUUUUGGGGGGGGGGGGGAUAUUUUUACUUAUUAGUUCAGUUCGUUGCAUAUUAACAUCGACUUUUAUCCCAGAUGAGAUCUUCAGACGUUCUAUCCGUCUGGACGUUCCAGACUCAUUCAGACGAUCCUAACUGACCCAGAUGAACUUUUCAUGAACUUAACUCACCAAGUUUUGCUCGUCUCACGAAAAGUUCGACCUUUGGCCUUGGCCUAACCUGUUUUUUUUUUUUAAACGGUUUACUUCCUUGGAUUACUAAGGCCCAGUUCAGACGCCGAUCUUUUCUUGAGCCGAACCUAAUACAUGGAAUUAGGAACGCCUAUUUCAAUUUAGAACGGCUCAGCCCUUCUUCACCCCUAGCCCAGCAGGGAAUUUCCACUUUGGAACGACUUUGGGACGGCUUUGAUUCAGUAUUUGAACGUAUUUUGCAAGUAGUUUGACCAAAAUGAACAUUUUUCUCCUUUUGAAUUUAGUUCGGCUGGAAUAAAGAUCAGCGUCUAAAUCAAUUGAGACGGUCUAAAUAGUUUGGGUCGGCCUUAAUUCGAAUUAUGUCCGGCUCAUGAAAAGUUCGGCGUCUGAACCGGGCGUAAUUCACUGAUACUGAUAUGUUUUGUGUUGGUUUCUAAGUGCUUGGGAGCUGUCCUACUGGAUGGGAAAAAUUUGAAAAGAAUUGUUACCAGUUUAAAGAAAGUAAUAAGCUACCCUGGACUGCGGCGAGAGCGGCUUGUCAAAGACAAGGAAGCGAUUUAGUGAGCAUCACAUCCCGCCACGAGCAAGAUUUCAUCGCUUAUCACUACCAAAACAAGUUAGCAUUUGGCAACCUAUGGAUUGGUUUGUAUCCAGCAUGUUUCCCUGUAUUAUUUAACGUGAAAGGAAUCAUUAGUAAGGACCUUUUACCCAAUUGUCCUAACACUGAGUAGGAGGAAAAGUAAGGGAACUAAAAAUAAACAAUAUAGAAUCACUAUGUAAUUAUGGAGUCUGGUGCGAGGUGGCAAUGUUGGAGGAGUAAACAAUUGAAAUAAUAUUUGAAUGAAAAUGUUUUUUUUCUCCAAAGGAUAAUCGUUUUAUUGUUUUAUACCCCUCCCAUAUGGCCGCGGCGCACAUGCUCUAUACAGUGUUACAGUUUAGGUCCGAUUACCUGCUGCUGUUCGGUAAAAUAAGUCCGGAUUCAAACACUAGACUCGUAAGAGGGGAUGAAAUCGACCCCACGCUUGUCUAAUUUGUGUAUUCUGUGGCUACAAAGUAACCAGCACGAGUUCAGCGGAUUCGCGAUUCUUUUCAGUUGUGGUUCUGAUGUGGUUGUGGAGAGAGGGUAGGGAUGUUAUAUUAGGAGAGAUGUUAUCUAGGUUACUCAUUCCCUUUUACUCCACCUACCCCCACCCGUCACCCCGCUCCGCACUCCUGUUCGUCAAGUCGAAUCUAACGGUCGAGAAUUUUCUCGCAGAUAAACUCUCUGCAAACAAACUAACUCUCUUCCCGUUACAAACAAAGGUGGCUAUAAACUCGACGAUUCUAGAGGCUAAGGGUUAAAUACUAGAUGCAUGUCUUACAACAUAUAUAAAAGGCUUACUGAUCCUGACGACAAAGCAAAGAACACGUAAAGGAAAUAUAUUUCCAACAAAUUUGCCCCAUUUUUUACAAUGUACUUUGCCUUGAAGCGAAGCGAUGAAAACGCUCUCCCUACUUUCCACAGGUCUACGACUGAGGGAUCCGGCACCGCUCGAUGGCUUGUCACUGUGGUCUUGAGGUCUUACUGCUAUUUGUUAUUUUGCAUGUCUUACACCUCCAUACCUAUCUCUUUUAUCUAGGCCUGAAUGACCGCGCAAUGGAACGAGGAUACACUUGGAGCGAUGGAAGUCCAGUGACUUUCAUUAACUGGCAUUCCAGCGAGCCUAGUAACAACUUCUAUGAGAACUGUAUUGAAAUGUAUCAGAACAGCUUCCAGUGGAAUGAUCUAAGGUGCAUCGAAGCAAGAGGCUAUAUCUGCAAACAACCGCUAGGUAAGAAAAGGCCCAUGUUUUUAUUGAGAGUACCGGCCUUCGUUUUCUGUUUCAGAGAGCAAGGGUGAGAGUACUCGCCUUCCACCAAUGUGGCCCGGGUUCGAAUCCUGGCGUCCACGCCAUAUGUGGGUUGAGUGUGUUGUUGGCUCUCUGCCUUGCUACGAGAGGUUUUUCUCCGGGUGCUCCGGUUUUCCCCGCUCCCUAAAAACCAACACUCCACAAUUCAUCUGGAACGCACGGACACGGUUCAACGACAUCUUAAAAACUCCUAAGUGCUUCGUGGGUAAACAAAUUGCAAAAUUUACAAUUCUCGUUGUAGGGAUGUCAAAAAGGGUCGUAGCCCCAAACACUGUUACAGCUGAGCUCUUUAGUUGUCACGCGUAAAGGUGUCAAAUCAUCCCACAUUACCCUCGUGUGCAGAUCGAAAAAAAAAUCAUUUCUUAAGACAUUUGCAUGCGUUGUAUUUUACAAUACAGACAAGCCUCCCUAACUGAAACCCAUCGAAACACAUCGGCCAUUCUGUGUAAUGGUCUCCUUAUAACGAACAAGAUUUUUGUUUUCUCUCGGCCCUCAACUCCUGCAUUGUUUUGUAACUGGAACUUCCGUAUAAGGAACACCACAGAACAGCAAAGAAUAGUAUUUCAAGCGUUUAAAACCCGGGGCAAAGAGUUGAAAUACAUGUACCCUCUACUAAACAACGACCACUGAGACUAGCCUCCAAACUAGUCUUACUCAAACUGUUUUGCUCUUGUAUUAGAAUGUUCUACAGCCCAGGGAAUGGUCAGCGGUCGAAUAAAGGUUAAUCAAGUCACAGCUAGUUCCAGUUUAUCUGCUCAAUAUAGUCCUGGAAUGGCCCGAUUACAGUCCUCCACAGCUUGGUGCGCUGGUAAUCCUCAGGCCGAACCGUUUAUCCAGGUGGGCAAUCUAACGGCCUAGGAUUCCAGGAUCCGUCUACUUCAUAGCAUGAAAACUACGUUUUCUUUUCUUUCUUUCUUUUUUUUUUUUUUUUUUGAUAAGUGGAACAGAUUGUGGGAAAAUCGGGAAAUUAAAGACCUGCGGAAAAAAAAAAAAAAUCGCGGAAUUUAAGCACGCGACUGAGUUUAAUACUUAUAAAGAAAAUUGAAAUCCCAGUGAGAAAUGAAUGACGUGGCUAACAUAUACUGUACAGGAUAUAUUUGAUGGCAAAUACCGACAAAUUAUUAGUUGCUUUAAUUGCAUGGUAAGUUCCAUUCCUUGACUGUGUCUUUUGUUGUGAAACAACUACGUUGAUAUGUGUUUGCUUGUUCCAUUUUAUCUCGCUAUUUAAAAAAAAAAGAAAAAAAAAAACAGAGCAAACGUUUGAAAAAUAAAAUCAGGUUGAGAACGCUUUAAUCGCGAAAUUUAAUAUCCUUUUUUUUAGCACUGGUUUUGGCAACGACUAAAGGAUUCGUUUUCUCAAACAAUCGAUCGAUUAAUCAAUGCAAUCUAGGAAAUACGCUGGUCCUGUCAGCAGCAUAUUCAAAGAUAGUAUCAUUGCAAAGAACCUUUUUACGUCCACUUCUUUGCUACUAACCUUUUAGCAAACAUCUCGUUUAAACAGAUUUCAUAUACAAUCAGUAUGUGUAUUAGCCUGAUAAAACAACCUACAUUUCGCGGCGACACCAGAUCUGGGUAGUGCUUCUGAUUGGUCGUGCCGCGAUUAUUGAUUUUUGCUUGAACCAGUCAGAAGCACUACCCAGAUCUGGGAAGUGAUUUGUCAUCAGUAUGGAAUUUCUGCGCUCGUUCCUCGCUAAAACUUGAUGAUACUACUGUCAGAGAACAGGCACUCCACUAAUUGCUUUGUUGUUGGUAUGGAUGAGUUGUCUAUACACACUGUAUGCCAAUUUCAGCAAAAAGAUUUGUGAUUACACAGAAUCCGUGCAAGAGGCACCUUCACCAAAGUGAAGGAAUUUGAUGAGAAAGAUGGAAAGUCUUCGUACAACCAUCAUGUAUAAAACAAAAUGAAAUGAGAAUAAGUAAAUACAUACAUACAUGCAUACAUGCAUAGAUAAAUUAAUAAAUAAAUAAAUAAUCUAAGACCGUACCAUGUUCUUUUUCAGGUUGAUCUGUUAACAGAGACCCGUCUCACCAAAAUAUCCACACAGGGCUUCAUUUUUUUUGGAGUUGCUAGCUAUAUAAGGACCUUUACGAUCCAGACUAGCGAAGAUGGCGUAAUUUUUAAGUCAUACAAGAAAAACGGGAAAGACUGGGUAAGAAGGCAUCGAUGAUUCCACGGACCUCGCAUUCAACCUAAGAAACGCUGUACAAUCCAAAUGUAUGGUAGUCUAGUACACAGCCACUUUUAUUGUCGUCACGCAACGCUCCCCCUGAUGGACAGAAGCGUUGCGUGACGACACUAAAAACGGCUAAGUAGAAGACUAAAUGAAUGGCGAAUUAGAUAUUUUUCUUCCCUCCGAUUAUCCACGAAGAUACAUUGAAAUUCAAAUGACAGCACUUGACAUGUCUUUGGAACCGUAAAACAAAACGGUCCAUUUUGUCGUUGUUGUCGUUGCUUUAUUGUUUUUGUUUCGUUUUUAUUGUUUUCCUUUGUUGUUUUUUUUCUUUUGUUCUUCUUUUUUUUUUCUCCGUUAACCAAAAAAAAAAAGAAAAGAAAGAAACGCGAUAGCCCCUUUAUUGUAUUGUGAACUGUUGCCUUUCUCUAGGUUUUCACGGCAAACCGUGAUGCGAAUUCAGUCGUCGCUUCUGCUAUAAAGCCUCCAGUGGACACGCGCUUGAUAAGGAUAGUGCCAGUCUCUUGGACCGGCUCCCUCUGCAUACGAAUGGAGUUUUAUGGUUGUCCGUACGGUAUGUUGCACGUGCUAUACGAAUGGGAUUUUUAAUAGUAAAUAAUUGCCAGGCGUUUUGACCGAUUACUAAAGUCUUCUUCUUAUUCUUAUCAUGAUCAAUAUCAUUCUCGUUAUUAUCAACACCCUCCUCCUCCUCCUCAUCAUCAUCAUCAUCAUCAUCAUCAUCAUCAUUAUUACUACUAUUAUUAUUAAGGCGUCAAAAUCUCUUGCUUAUAUUUAGUUCAGUGUAAUCUACUUGUGGACACUAACUACCUAUUCUAAGAGUGGAUCUGUCUUUUGUUUGUUUGUUUGUUUAUUUGAUUGUUUGUUUUUGGCUUUUUUUCUAUUAUUUUGUUUUCAUGUUAGAUUUCUGUUUUUUCCAGCUUGUGAGACGCCGCUUGGAUUGCAGUCGGGUGCAGUCAAGGAUGCCUCGCUAUCGGCAUCAUCUUACAAUGACAGCUCACACAUGGUCACUAAUGCUCGCCCGUCCCAAAGUACGGGAUGGUGUGCAAAGGUAGAGAGUGGUGAUAUUCUAGUACCUUAAUACUUCCUUCUCCAUUCUACAACUGUUUAAAGUUGACAGUUAACACACCCAAGCCGACUGAAGCGCGAACUUACUCUGUAAUACUAUUGGAUUCACUAAAUUUAACAAUACUAGACAAAGUUUUGUCUCGUCACAUAAAAGCAUUAAUGGUCAUUUGCAUAACUUAUUCUUUUUGGACUUUUCCUGAACACUUUUUACGAAGGGUUUUUACUUAUAAAUCAACAAAAGCAAAUUUCAAAAGUAGGUUGAGAACGUAGUCCUGAAUAGGACUGUUGUUGUCGACAGUGACUGACGUUUCGACAACCUGGGCAGUAGUCAUCUUCAGAGUCAAAGUGAGUUGUAUCACGUCAGUUGAUGGUAUUUGCUGCGGAGCGACCGAAGGGAACAUAAUCAGGAUUUAAAGGAAAUAUAUAAGGGGCGACGAAUUCUAGAAUUCAUCACUUUUUACCACAAUGCAUUGCAUUUAACCACACUUUUUAUCACAAUGCAUUGCAUUUAACCAGAGUGCAUUGCGCCACGAAACACGGGGAAGUUCGGUGGGUGAAAGAGUGCAUCGUUCGCUGCUCGGACUUAGAGUUUUCUUUGUGGCAAAUUUUCUACAGCACGGCUAGAGGUCUUACCAAAUUUUAAGACACGCAGGAGUCUUUCAGAUGAGUACGAUGGUUAACUUGGGGAUUGGAUUUCAAUUCAAGAGCCUUUGACUCGUCCAGGUGUUAAAGUACCUGACGAGAAGAUGAGCAUUUGCUCUUCGACUCCGCAACACGGGGGAUAUACAAAUUCCAGCUUGCUAGAAGGUGAUGUGAAAGUGAGAAAAUGUCAUGUAAUGCUAUUCGUAAGAAACUGUAUGAGCCGAAAAUGGAUGUGAUUUUGACCAUUGGCUUCAAAAUAACAGCGGAAAUCGAGAUAACAGAACAUAUGUUUUUUGUCCUACUUUGCAGACGAGGACGUGUAUCGGCGUUUUGAAAAGCAUAAUUAUGUUCUUUCAUUUAUUUAUUGCCAUGGAAUAUGCGUUUACAUUGUUUUUUCACUGUUAAUAGUUCGGUUAAUGCGGCUGGCGAUCAUCUUGCCGGCGGAAGUUUCAUGGAAAAGGAAUAAAAUGAAAGACUUUUCCUAAAGACUACGCAUUUAGCCUCUGUGGUGUAGUGGUUAGGUGUAGUCGCGUGUAGUCGAAGGUGCCGGGUUCGAGUCCUACUGAAUUAAUCAUUCCUUCUUUCUUUCUUUUUUCCGUUUUUUGUGUUGUUGUUUUCUAUAAAUAUAUAGCUAAAUAACUGUUACUUAAUAAAGUGCAACAAACAGCAAGAAAAGUAUUGUCUUUCCAGAGAAAAUAUCGUGCACCGUAUAUUAAAUAUUUGGAUAAACGAUCUGAAUUUCUAUUAUUUCCUACAAUUUACUGUGGGAAAACCAGAGUUGAUAACCACUUGAUCAUUUUCUAAACAACGUUCCCACCAGUUCUUUCUAUAGACUGAUAGUAAUUAUUCUAGUACUUUCCAACAUGUAAAUAGGAAAUUCAAUGUCAUUUUUUAUUCUUUUAACUCUCACUGCCUAACUAAUGCCAGUAUCAACAGAAUGUGCCGCAGCAUUACUAUCUUUUAGAUACCCUAGUAUACUCUGGUUAUUGAUCUGAUUGGUCAAUUACGUCGCGAUGUUAUUGGUCGUCUGUCAGUUAAGCAGUGAUGUUAUUGGCUAUGAGGACUCGUAAUCAGUAAUUGGUGCGUUUCGAUCUGUCUAUUAUCACAGUUAAACAGUCGUCUAUUGUUAGUCAAAUUGUCAGUUCUCCAGUCGUUCUCUCGUAGUUAGUUUUACUUGAUCUCGUCAAUAAGUCGUUUGUGCGGCGCUAGUAACUGUUGGUAACGAUUGAGUGGCGUUUGUUCUAAGUUAGUAAACUAGCUUUCUAAAGUAAGAAAUUUUCAAGAAUAUUUUCAAGAAUAUAACAAUAUUUCUUCCCGUCCCUUAGACGAGACUGAAACACAAGUACUUUCUUAACAAACAAGCAAACUUAAACACUCAGUGACACCUAAACAAAUGCUUACUGAGGCUAUUGUAUCUAGCGUUGAGGCUGUUCUGUCUCGCCAACACGAGCUAUCAGAAUCGACCAAGGAUAACAUCAGAAGUAGAGUGAUCUCUAUUUUACAAUCAGCCUCAUUACAGAACAGUAACUUGACUCCUGACGAACAGAAAGCACUUAAGCGACUGAAAACAGACGAUAACAUAGUCAUACUGCCCGCAGACCAGGGACGGGUGACUGUUGUUAUGGACAAGACAGACUACAACGACAAAAUGGACUCGCUUGUUAACGACUAACAGACCUACGAAGUACUUAAACGAGACCCGGUGCCCGCACUGCAACGCAAACUUAACAACAAACUGCUUACACUGAAGAAAACCGACACGAUCGACUUUCGACGCUACAACAGACUGAGUUGUAGUGUUCCGCAGCCACCCAAGCUGUAUGGACUACCAAAACUACACAAACCCAACAUGCCUAUGCGGCCCAUAGUUUCUUUCUGUGGGUCCCCAACCUACCAACUGUCUAGAUACUUAACUAACGUACUGAAACCGCUCACUGACGAAUCUAGACACAAACCACAGUCUACUGAGAACUUUAUUGACGCCAUUAAGACAACACAGAUACCGGACGACUACAAACUAGUGUCCUUUGACGUGAAAUCGCUGUUCACCAGUAUUCCACUUCAACUGGCUCUAGACUGUACUGAGAACGCUAUCAAGAACUCUACUGUUGAACUACCACUACCUACAGACGACAUUAUGGACCUACUCAACCUCUGUUUGACUUCGACGUACUUUCAGUACAACGGCAAACACUACAAACAGUUACACGGUGCAGAUAUGGGGUCUCCAGUUUCUGUUGUUGUAGCAGAAAUUGUCAUGCAAAACGUCGAGGAACAAGCCCUAGCUACCCACACGCGAACUGUGCGUCUUUGGUUACGUUACGUUGACGACACAUUCACCGCCGUACACAAAGGCGGAAUCGACGACUUUCACGAUCACCUUAACAGACAGAACACGGAUGUACAGUUCACCAAGGAGAUCGAAGAAAAUGGUAAGAUACCUUUUCUAGACUGCUUGGUCACUGGCGACAACAACAAAAUAAAAACGACUAUUUACAGCAAACCGACACAUACCGACCGAUUACUAGACCAGUCUUCGUAAAACCCGACCUCUCACAAGGCUACUACUAUCCGGACUCUGACGAGACGAGCGCAACUAGUUUGCGACUCACCUGACAGCCUACAAGACGAGACUGGUUAUCUUAACAAUAUUUUUAGUAAGAACAAUUACAACACGGACUUUGUUAGACGGAACACUCACAGUAACACUGAUUCCAUCACUCAGACCAACUCUGGCCCUGUUACGACAGUGACUAUACCGUACAUCAGAGGCUCCUCUGAAACUACUGCAGGUAUAUUACAACCUUACAAUAUACAUGUUGCACACAAAACGAUAACCACUUUACGGCGACUGCUUACUAAUGUCAAGGACAAAGUCAAACCGGUGGACAGACAGGGAGCACUAUACAAGAUCAAAUGCUGCGACUGCCAGGCUUUUUUACAUUGGUGGAACCGGCAGAAACCUAAGAACGCGACUGACCGAACCCAAAUGAGCGACGAGGAAUGGUGACGUUAACAAUCACAUUGCUGAGCAUCAUUUAAAGACGAAACAUCAAAUUGACUGGGACUCUGCGACAUAUAUAACGUAUUCUACAGACUACUAUCAACGUCUUACUUUAGAAAGCUGGUUUACUAAAUUAGAAAAAAUCGCGACGUAAUUGACCAAAUCAGAUCAAUAACCAGAGUAUAAUACCAUCAACUGACGUGAUACAACUCACUUUGACUCUGAAGAUCACUAUCGUGUCAACAACAACAGUCCUAUUCAGGACUACGUUCACCUGGACGAUCAAACUCGACCUACUUUUGAAAUGACUCCUGGGUUCAAACCUUUCACAAUAAUGAAUUUACUUAAUCUGUGACGUAAAUACAUCAGUGUUUCCUGGCUUGUUUGUUUAUUUUCGUCUUUGUUGUUAUGUUGUGUUCUGUUUUAUUUUGAUUUUUUGUUUGUUUGUUUUGGUUUUGGUUUGCUUUGAAUAUGUACAUAUAUAUUUUUUCUUUUUAAUGUUAUUUUCUUGUUUUACUCUUAGUUCUCGGAUGCUCAACCCUGGAUCCAGAUUUCAUUCCCUGACGUGGAAAGAAAAAUAACAAAAAUUGCCACCUGGGGAGGAGGGAAAGGAACAGGCUACGUCACUGUCUAUCGAUUGGCGUUUACAGAUGUGGCUGACGUCACUCUCUGGUCAGACUACACAGAGGGAGGCAAAAUUAGGGUGAGAGGCCCAGUUUGUUACAAGAAAUGCGUGUCUAAGCUCGCGAAAAUUGGCAUAAUUAUCACCACCCAAGUUAUUUCCUCACGGGCGUAAAUAGGGACUGGAUAAGUAACCAGACGUAAAUAUUAAACGGGUUCCUAUGCUGUCACCCUCGUUUCAUUUAUUUACAUGUUUUUUCUUACAUGCUUAAAGCCGAGCAUAUCAGCAUAUCUAGUAAAAUUUCGUAAAGUUCGCAAGCACGUAGAAAAAUAUCUUUAAGAACAUUUCUUCUGAGCUACUGAAAGGCAGCGGCAAAAACAACCGGGCCAAGUUUUUUGUUUUUGUUUUUGUGUUUUUGUUUGUGUGUGGCGGUUUUGUUGCCAGGCAACAGUGGACACCAACGAUCUACAAGGAAGCCACCACCUGAUAAAACUAUUAUGACGAAAAUAGGAUGUUUGUAGCCUGGACCUUAGAAAAAUUGCCCAAAUGCCGAAGAAAAUCUAUACAUACAGUCGAACCGUUAUGGGUGACUAUCUCCCUUCAGGGGUCACCUAUCAAGGUGAAACCCCAUGAAACUGUGACAGUCUUGACUUGGAGUUUGGAUCGUACAGUUUCUAGCAAUCGUAUUCAAGCUUGAUCAUGGAAGCCAAUUGUUCCUAUUCUUUCACCGUUCCUUUUUUAAAGGGGUUAUGUCGAAAACACAAAUGAGCAAAAUCAAAUGAACCUUUCAAGUGACAAAUCAAGCGUAAUCAGCUAGUUCAAGUUUGGAUAACAUCUAAAACGUCAACCUGGUUUGUUUUUUGAAAAAGUCUACAGUUGUUACCGUUAAUACUUCAAAGGACUUAAACCUUCAAUUCGCAUUACAGAAUUUCCGCGGCAACCAAGAUUCCACGAAUCCAAUGACCCACCGUCUAGCGGAACCUAUCAUAACUCGCACCAUACGUGUAAAGCCACAGCGCUGGUCACCGGUCGGCGCUUGUUUACGUCUGGAACUCUUUGGUUGCGAAGAUGGUGAGUACCGUUUAUUGACUUCAGCUGCCGCUGGAAGUUUGACAUUUGGGAUUUAAAGAAAAAAAGUAGUAGACGAACAAAAAAUCAUCGAUCUAAUAAACUGUGAUGCACCUUUAUGUUAAAUAUAAUGAAAAUAGACACAACCCACUAAAUCUCUGAAAUAGCCCCAAAAAGAAGUGUCACGCGUGACCGUCGUUUGAUCUUAAUCUGCUUUCAGGUUGUGACACUGCUUUAGGUUUAAGACAAGGAAUCAUUAGAGACUCGGCAAUAUCAGCAAGUUCAUCACUGGACCAGUCUCACGCGGCCAAUCAAGGCCGUUUGAAUGGGAGCGCUGGAUGGUGUGCAUCUGAUAGUGACAAGAAUGCCUUCUUUGUGGUAGGUGGAGCAAGGUUUUUGAGAUGAUACCAACCUGAAGGUCAGAAAAGGGUGUUUGGAUAGCAGAUGACUAAAGUUAAGAACAAUAAAUACAACAAAAAAGAGCUUAAAUUUAGCUGUAUCAGUAAUUGCCUAAUAUUUCUGCAUUCUCUGUUUUGAUCUCAUUAUCAUUUUUCUCCUUUCCUGUGGUCGUUCACUUUCCUCUUCUUUAAUAGAGACGAGAAGUGUGACGUAACGUUACUAUGGUAGCAAUUUUUUGGAUGACAACAAAAGGGAGCUUAAGCAACGACGAUGGCAAAAAAGCAUCAGGUUAAGAUUAGCAAAACGACGACUUUGCACGUUCAGCACACAUUUUUUUGUACAUUUCUUAGCUGUCGUUUCACUACUGCUACAUGAACCCUCCUAAUUUCACGCGCCCGCUUUCUGGUGUAGGUGAAGUCAACACAAAAAUUUCCUCUUCCUUUUUGUAAACUUAGAUACCUUCCUUUGGUAUUCAACCAAGAAAUUUCACCAACAUUUAACAAAUUAAAUCAAAUUGAAUAAGAUCGUUUAAAUUUGAAACUGUGCGAAUUUACUUUUUAAGUGAAUUUUCGGUUUGUUGUCAUCCAGAAAUUAUGCUACCAUGGCAACGUGACGUAAGCGACUUCUCUAUAAUAUGCUAAACUGACGUGAAUUUUUGGAAUAGCUUAGUGCAAUCAAAAAUUAACUGGGAACGUUCGAGAAAUGGGUGUUAUAACCUUGCAUAAUAUUUUUUUCGCUUUGUUGUUGUUGUUGUUGUUGUUAACGUUGUUGUUGUUUUUAAAUUGCACUCCCUGAAACACAAUCUUUUAUCUCUUAUGUUUUGUUUCAUUCGCUGUUUCUAAAGGUUGAUUUAACAACAAGAAUGAAGAUCCGUAAGGUUUCCAUGCAGGGCGCUAAGGAUGGUAAAGGGUUUAUAAAAUCCUACACCAUAAGCACGCGAGAUGAUGCAAAUCUUUCAUGGAGGCCAUUUUCCCAAGAUAACAAGAUUAAGGUAAAUUUGUUAAAAGAAGCUGCCAACCUCGUUUCCAGGCGCGGUUUCUGAGUUGUUUAUUAACGAGUGAACUAAAAGAAAUGACGUUCACAGCUAUUAUCAGAGGACGAAAAAGCGGAGAUUCUGACUAAUACUGCAAGAAUACCGUAAAUCAUCUAUCAAGCCCCCGGGUGUGUUAUUUGAAGAGAGGGGUGAGUUAAUAGAGGUAGGGAGCUUAUUCCAGAGGGGGGGGGGGGAGGGGGGGAGGGGUGGGGUUAUUUAAUUUAGCAAAGACGGUGGUAUUAGUUCUCCAUUAAGAACUAUAAUACGAAGUUGAAAAGCUCAAGUACAAGAAAUUGGAGAUCAUGCAGCUGAGGAUCAGAAACAAAUCUGAACUUCCGGAUGGUGAACAAACCAUCCCGGAUCAACAGUCCACACGAAGUUUACAGUCGUGAUUGAUUAAUAAUACAGUCUAACAUUUAUUAGUGAAGAACGAUAAGGGGGGGGGGGGUAACUUUCUGUCCCGGAAAAGGGAGGGCUUUUUAGAAAGGGGGGUUAAUAGAGGAUUUACUGUGCGCAAAACACGUUGUUCGAUAAAUUUUUCAUUUUUCAGGCUUUUUUGCAAAAAAAAAUAAAAAACCUGUUUAUAUCCUGCAACCGUGCCGAGAAACAGACUAAAGUCUUGAAGAAAUGCUACGUGGAGGCUCUGCUUGUUAAGAACUUAAAAACAAUUAUGGAUGAAUAAUAAAUCCAUUUUUUAUAUCGGCUUUCGCAUGCUGAAGAAUUAUAAUGAUCUCGGAGACUGUUAUCCACCUCGGCCGAUAAUACUCUCAUACAUCUCCCUAAUUCUUCAGAUCAUACUCAGCCUCAUUCUACAAUUGUUAAUUACCAUUUUCAUUAUUUUAAUCAUUGUCAUGUUUGUUAUUUUUUAUGGUCCAGUUUUACCUAAAAUGAACCUACUUCUCCACCUUAACUACAAGUGCGUUUCUUAAGUUUGUCUUACUAGGAAACAUAUAUUGAAGUUCAACUAACGAUGCUGCUUGUUCUUUGUUUUUCGCUCUUGGAGAAUCGCUUUAUUUCUUUCUAUCUUUUACUAAAAUGUUCUUGAUGUGACAUAAGGAAAGUUAAGAUGGUUGGUUUUAAUUAUCUCUCAACUCUGACCCAAAUAACUCAAACGAAAAAGCAUACCCCUUUAAAGAUUCACUUGAGUCGAGCCAUUAAAAUUUCUAAUUUUCUUGACUUUGUUAGGUAUUUUUUGCAAACAUCGAUAGCACAUCGGUGGUAUCAACAUUAUUUGAAUUUCCCACAUUACUUGGGCGUUAUAUUAAAAUCAAAGCCGUCACUUGGAACAUUCGUCCAUGCCUACGCUUGGAAUUAUUUGGCUGUAGAACUGGUGAGUAAAGUCAGUUUUAGUCAGAAAAAGAAAAUAAGGCUUUUUAUUACAGUCUUCUCUCGCCUUUGCAGACGGUCCCUCAGAACCGCAAGUUUGCGAAAGUCCAUAAUUGCGAGGUGGGAAAAAGAAUCUUCGUUAGAAAGCUCGAUUUGUGGGCAAAAGAAUAAUUAUAAAUCCAGCCAUUAAUACAAAACUGAUGACGAAAUACGGAUAAAAUAUUGUCAAUACUGUUGCUUUUGUGCCUGAAUGUUGAUUGAUGCCCCUCUGUGUCCGAAAAUUGGCCAUUUCCGCGUUGCAAAAAUUCUCACUUUCAAAAGGAGGCUAAGUGCAAGACCUUUUAGAUGAAAGUGACUUUUAUUUGCAGGAGUAGGGUAUCUGUAGAGCGAGAGUUGACUCUAUUUACUCAUGCCUAGAUAGUUAGUCUUCGAAGAUAACUCUUCACUUCACACUCAGUAACUGGUCCGUCACUAUCCAGUAAACUCUCAUGUUUCAAGGGCCAGAAAACUGCUAGGAUCAGCGGGAUAUUAUUUUAUGGCAGACACAUGAUUCAAUACCUACCUCGCUGGUUAGAGCGUUCGACAUUUAGCCGAACAUAGGUUUCGAGAUCUGUCUUGACGCCACGAUGUACACAUAACUGUUAAUUAUAGUUGAUUGCAUGUAGACACUUUAUCGUUCGUUCCUUUGAAAUGCUUUGAGCCAAAUUAUAACGCACAUAAACUUUUCUUCGUCUCCCUUCUGUGUUUUAGCUUUACAUCGCAUCGGGCGUGACAUUGUUUAUUCUCUUAGAAGUUUACUGAUGUUUUAUUACUUUCAGACCCUCAUCCGACGCCUACUCCUAGCAGUCGACCCGCAACAGAAACCCAACCUCCCCCGAAAAGUAAGAAAAUUGAAUAUUCCGUUAAAGGCCUAUACUAUAAUUAUUAAAACGAUCAAUUAAUCGCCUUAAGAAUGGAGGUCCCCGGAGAAGUAAAACUCUAUUUCACCCGAAUAUAAUUAUGUGUAGACUAUUUUCUGGUACAGAAAAAUGCAGGAAAAGAAACAAUCAUCGCAAACCUGUUCAAAGCAUGUAUCUUUUUUAAGGAAUCACCGCCUAGAUAUACAAGUUGGUGCUGCCCCUUGACGAUUAUGGAAAUAACCCCGUUUUUGUUUCAAGUUUCAAGUUUUUACACAAACAUAAACAACUCAUUGGGAAAGUUUGACCACAAUUUCACGGCAAGUUCUAUUUUAGGGGAACGAUCAUAACGGGUCGUUCGACUUAACAAGUGUUUUUACAAAUGGGAGCUUGUUACUGACCCAGGCUGUUGCAGGCCCCAAGACAGUGGGAAGAACGGAUCACGAAAAUAAAAGUGCGAGAAGCCGCACGAGUGCUGGGAAGAGAGGGUGAGGUGGCACGGGCUAUCACUGACCCUGAAAAAAAAAAUAGAAAUGUGCAAGUUCAAUUCAAUCUUAGAACACCUAAUGUAACGGAAGAAGCACGUGACAAAACUCAAAAAACGUAUACGUGGGAGGCUGUACUAAUGCCAUCUUGGACUUAAAAAUUCGGAACUGAAAAACCGUUUGUUUUUUAGAUGUAGCCUACGCAGGAUCUGUGAAGCUGUCUCAAGAGGAAUGGACAGAUGACUACAAGAAUCCAAACAGCGACGCCUACAAGGUUCUUGCUUCAAAAGUGGAGAAGUCGGUAUGAAUGCAAUUUCGUUUCGAACGUCGAAAACUGAACGCAUAAAAAAACCGUGUUGUAAGUUUGAAUUUCUUGACAGCCAAGCCUCUCGAAAGAAGUAAGCCACUAGACGUGUUUUUGAACGAGCCUUGAAUUGUUCCUUUUUGUUUUUCAAUUGAAACCGCAAAACCUUAUAGCGAAUCGUUUUUAUUUAAAAUUAAUCUACUUAACUUUCGACCUUAUAAGCUAGUGCAUGUUUUGGGUUUGCAUGCAGAAAAGUGACCUGGGAUACUAAACUUUAAAUUUCAGGUCAGCUUUGAAUAUAAGAAUGUGGAGCUCUUUUAUUUAAUAAAUUUAAUAAAUGCCAUUUUGUGCUUCGUCAGAUAAGAGAAGUGUACUCUGGCGUAGAUAAAGCAUCUCUAGCAUUUUCCAAUGCCAUGGUUACAGGAUUUAGGUAUGCUUGUAGAUUUUUAAUAUAAUGCUUAAGCCUUGAAUGUUAAAAUAUCUGUUGUAACACUUCACAUGUAUUUAAAAGAACGAUGAUUUUGUCAUAUGUUCUUUGGCUUUCGCUGAAAGUUGAACAGUUUUCUGCAAAACUAAUCUCAAGCAAAGUUUCAACGUUAUGCAUGUAUAGGUUUUAUUCGUUCGAUAAAAUGUUGCAACUUUUAAAGCAUUCACCAAACACAAGUCCAAAGGACUUAGGGAAGGUAAGUUUUAAAUUGGGGGUGGGAGUGAGCCAGGAAGGGGAGGGUCCCCAGUAAUUUAUUUAUUUAUUUAUUUAUUUAUUUAUUUAUUUAUUCAUUGUAUUUUAUUUUUCCACUUCAGACGUGGAAGCAUUAUAGUGCUGUUCAAUUUGACGUUUACACGUGAUAUUGCUGAUGAGCUUGGUGCAAACGUCACCCGUAACCUGGUGAAGGCCGUUCAAAGUGGAAGCCUAGGCGGACUAGCUGUUGAUCCAAAUUCACUUACAAUAACACAGUCUGGUGGGUAGAGAAAUUUUUUUAUUAUUUAUUUAGUUAUUAUUUAUUUAUUUAUUUAUUUUUUUUGACAAAGCAUUAUCUGCAGAUGUUGUAACCAACGCUGUAAAUAAGCAGUUUAAAACUGUUUCAAAUUUUGGUUACAAAUGUAGCUGUUGUUCCAAACUCGAAAACAGCAGACACACAUGAAUUACUGUUGUGAAACUUUUAUUUAAUUAAUCCCUGCUUGAGCCAUAUAACAAACAGUUGCUGAUUCCCACUGCUCAUUACCUUCGUUUAAUUUAGUUAGGGAGUAAUGAUAGUGAUUUUUCGCCUCUUACCCAUCCAUCCAUCUUUAACCGAGAAAGAAGAAAAACUAUUAUUCGUAAAACUGUUAGAGAACAUUUCAUCGAGCCGCCCCUGACCCGAUGUUGUCAAGAUUAGUCCUUUUUUUGUUUGUUUGUUUGUUUGUUGUUUGUUGUUGUUGUUGUUGUUGAAUUUGGUUUGUUCUUCUGUACAUAUAUUUAUUUUAAAACAAUCAUAUUUCUGUUUUUAUUUCCUUUUUCAGCUGGGAAUGGAAAUACAGGGAACCACGUGACAGCUGCAGCGCGCACUGGGGGUAGGUACUCUCCUUUUCAUUAUUAUUAUUUAUUAUCAUCAUUGGUAUUAUUAUUUAUUGUGGUUAUCAUUCUAUAUAGGAGAAAUUCCUUCUAAUUCUCGAGUAGAGUUAAGAGAAAAAAGAACAAGAACUAGAACAAGAAAAGGGAAAAUGACAAUCGCACAUUGUAUGCAUCUUUAAGCGCAUUUUAUCUUAAUGUUGAUUUUCACUACCGUCGAAGUCGGAGUCGAGAUCGUAAGCGUAUUCGUGAGAGCUCUUAUGACCCGGUGAAAAUCAAAAAUCGGGGUCGUAAGCGGAAUCAUAAGUGUGACGGAAUGGGAAUCGAAGAAUCAGAACGUUUUUAGUUCCUCCCGACUCCGCUUAUGGCUCCGUCGUUUACGAUGUAUUGAAAACCAGAUUGUUUGAGUAGGAACCAGAAACGGAAGGAUAAACCAAUUGCAAUGUUCCGAUCCCCAUGCUUUGUGAUUGGCUCAGUUCUUCUGCUUCUGUUUGCGACUUCCACAGCCUAGUUUUCACUUGAUCGUAAACGACGAUCGGCGGAAUCAGAUCGCUGUUUUCAAUGCACAUGAUCGUUAAGUUCUAGGCUUCUGAUUACGACUCCGACUCCGACUCCGUCGCUAGUAAAAACCAGCCUUCAGUGCGCCGUCAACAUUCAUACGGUGCAUUGUGCUGUUCUAGGUUUUGCGUUUUUACCCUCUCAGGAUUUUAGCGGGAAAUAAUUUUAUUAUUAGAUGCCCUGUGAGAGCGAACGCUAAGUGUAGCGAUGAUACAUUUGUAGUGAUGACUAUGUUAAGUGAUCAGGCAAUUGAUUGAAACACCGAAAAGUAGGCUCGGGAAUUUAUUAAAAUUUGGACAAAAAGCAAGUGUAAUUAUUCCCUAGUUUCACGAGUAUUUUAUUUGUUUACAUUUUUUCUUCGGUGACAAAUUAAGUUCACAAUCAUGGGUUUUGGUGUGUUUAUUGAAUCGAGAACUCCACGCCGAAUAAACACCUCCGGGCAUAUAUUUUUUCCUGAGUUCACAAUUGCCUGACACUUUCGACAAGCUACCCAUUAGAAUCUUUUUUGAUGUGCUCUUUCCUGUGUUUGGGUUUCUAAAGCGCUUUUAAUGCCCUUUAUCUUUACUCAUAACAUUUUAAAACACUGACGGAACGUUUUCAUAGAAUUUUAUUUGUAAUUUACACGUGAAUUUAUGAGGGUGCGUUUCUUUACUAGAAUCCAAAUUCGGGUUUUUAAUCCGAAAACGGAUAUUUCGUUUCUUUACUAAAAUCCAAAAACGGAUUAUUGAUCCAAAUGAUCCACAACGAAGGUGGAUUCUUUGGAUCAUAUCAAAAACCGGAUACUUUGGAUACAUGAUCCGAAGUGUUUCUUUACUACGGAUCCGAAAAGAGUGAAUACAGCCAACGGUAACUUGAAACAAUUUCAAUACAUACAGCAGCUGUUUGACAAAAUUGCUCAUCUUUACAACUAUUUUUGAACUCGAGGCAUAGAUUAAACGAUCGAUUUUAUCCGUUUUAUUGGGAUGGUAAGAUCGCAGUACAAGUAGGACCUGCUUUGUUCUACUAGUUCACAAGGACAAAUCGAGAAAAACUGCAAAGCAACUUCAACUGCGCGUCUUGCAAUAGUUUACUUUUCCACGUAGAUAUCUUAUUUCAAGACUCAUCUUCCCUUGGCCUGUCUAAAGCAGUAUCCUUGCUUGAGCUAACCGUCCAGGAUACAAUCAGCAAAUUUGUAACAUUAUCCGCAGCCGUACGCGUAUUAUUCUUUCUCCUGGAUACCGUCGGUAUUGUGGGUCGUUUCUAUGGAAAUGACUGAAAAAUAAUCCUGUUUUCGAUACAUCGUUUCUUUUCAUAACGAAAAAUCCUAAUGAUCCGGAUUUCUGAUUCCAUCUCGGAUUUUAGUAAAGAAACGAACCCUAAAUUAACGCUGAAAUAUCGCGCCAGAUUUAGGUUUAUGAGUUUCUACAGACCUCUCUAUCAGAGCGAUGCCUGUUGCACAACCAUUCGUAUGAAAAUGAGUUUAAUUAACUGGGCUACCUUAAGGCACGCCCAGUUUAAUUCUUCGUCAAAAAAUGAACAUUAUCAAUUAUUAACCCAGUAACCAGAAGGCGUUGCGAAUGGAAAAGGUAUUGCGUUUUUGCGUGGAUGGAGGUGAUUUGACCAUAGUGUUAUUUACAAUCGAUACGUAGUGUUUUUAUAAGUUUUGUGGAUUCAAGAAGCGCCGCGCAAAAGCUGGGAAAGAGCUGGGCGGCGUAAGUUGCAAAUUUGGGCUGUUGAGCGUUGCCAUAGAACAGCGCUGUUGCAGCGGUACAGGAAAUUCCCGAAUCGCGAUCUGAGCGGCAAUUUAUGGCUGUCGAGAGGCUUCGAAAAGAGGAAGAAUGUUUAUUACCGGUCAUGGCACAGCACUCGUUAGUUAAGCAUGCUGACUUUAUUAUAAAGGGAAUGUUACACAGCGAAUAUGUUCUGCAUACAGCUUAUACCGACGAUAGCUAACAAAGUGAUAACUCAGUUUGAUUAACUCAAAAACGCAAACUUGACAUUGCUCACCUCAACGUUUUUCCACAAUCCAUGAUUUGUUGCAUUUUUCUCACGACAGAAAUCAACCCAUAUUUCAACUUUUUUCCAGUCGAUUAAAUAAUGUACUUUAGCAAAGAAUAUUUGUGCAAUUCUAAUAUUUCUACACCGUAGUAUCUGUCCAGGUAUCUGUCACUUGUUCUUGCUCCCUUUGUCAACGCAUAGCCGUCACUGUACAGUGCAUUCCUAUACUAAUACUUUUAACUGUUCGAUCCAAAAACAUCAGCAGAACUCUCUUCUCGCAAAAGAAGUUAAAAUCAAAACUUAUUGUUUUAUGAAAGCAUGUACACCAGGUCUUUCCUUGGAAACGAUACCAAAGGUAAUAAGAAAAUAGUGUUUUAGGCUUCUCCUCUGUUUGGUGAGUGAUUCUUGAUUUUACCGAUUGAAUCUAUUUCUUGUUUCACAGGGAAAUCAGCCAGCGGUUUGUCCUCAGGUGCCAAAGCAGGUAUAGCAGUGACCGUGCUGUUAUUGGUAGGCCUGGGUUUUGGUACCGCAGCCUGGUGGUUCUACAAACAUAAAAAAGGGAAACAUUUGUUGGAUAAUCAACAGUUUAACAAUCCGGUUUAUUUCUCCUCCGAGAAUCAAGCGGUAGAUAGUAGCAAAAACGUUAAAGGCUAG